AAUUAUUAUAGUGGAGCAAGCAAAACGAAACAUCAACAUCUGGUCUUAACUCCCAACGGCUAUCAAUAUUUCAAUUUGAAUCACCCAACGGCUAUCAAUCAAUAUAUUUCAAUUAAACCCUUUCGUUUUCACAGUCCACCAUUCUCACCGAUUAGGGUUUUGCCGCUAUCACUUUCUCCUUUAAUCGCAACCACCACCGAUCCCGAACCCGUACCUUUGACUUUGUUCGAGCAACAAUAAUGGAUCUUCCUCCAGAAAUCGACGGUUACAUCAAGGAAUCCAUCGAUCACAGCGUGGGCCUUCCCGUAUCCUCGCAAACCCUCCUCUUCAAGCUUCACGCUUCCCUAGAAUCGCAGCGCCAACUCCGCGACCAGCACCUCUUCCUCCUCGCGAAAUUGAAGGAGAAAGACGCUCUCAUCGAACGCGCUAGAUGUGAGGCGAACAUGAACGCCCAAGCGGUGAAGAGGUUCGUUGAGGAGAAUCAGAAGUUGGCGGCGGAGUGUGAGAGUCUGGUGGAGCAGCGCGUGAAAUUGGAGCGGGAAUGCGCGCUCUACGACCAUGACAGGGAAGCGUUGAUGGAGUUUGGGAACGAGGCUGAUGAACGCGCACAGGAGGCUCAUGAGCGUGCACUCGAGUUGGAACGAGAUUUGUGCUUGUUGGAGCAGGAAUUGGUAGAUUCGUCUUCUGGAAGUACACUUGAUGAAGAGAAUUUGCUUGACUCCCUUUUGGCUACAGUUACUACUACUACUAUAGAUGAGUCUACUACAUAUGCAUUUUUGAAUGCAAACAGUGAAAAUGAGCACUGUGAGAAGUUGCUGACAAUGUGGAACUGCUUGAAGCCAUCAACACGGAGAGUUUUGUGUCUUGUUGCUGAAGUCAAAUCUCUAGAGAAUGAUAAAGAAAAUCUAAGGGUUAACCUUCACAGAGCUGAAGAGGAGGUCAAAUUAUUGUAUGAUGAAAAUAGCGUGUUGGAUGAGGAGAACAAAAGAUUAGCGAAGCGAUGCAAGGGAAGGUACCACAGCAGUUCUGGUGGGAAACUUACCGGAAGUGCAUCUGCGAAGUCAAACAAGAGAAAGUCUAGUCCCAAGACAUGUAGCCCAACAGCGAGGAAGAUUGAUUUUGAAGAUGUAGAUUCAGCAAGAACACCCUUGUCACCUUUGGGAAAUAAACUCUCCUGGUUGCCGCAUGUAUAAGAAAUAAAAGGGACUAAUGUUUCAUUAACAGGGCUGAUCAUUUCUUUUAAUACAAAGUUAUGAUAGGGUUUCCGAUUAGUAUUCUGUAUUCGCUAGUAAGAAUUGCAUGCUAUGGGGAUCACAUUCUUACUUGGGAAUGGAGGCAGUAUUUUUCUGUUGAACUCAUAACAUGUAAUUUUCUCAACUCAACUCUUUGCUAUUCAAUUUUUUAAUUCUCAUUUUAUGAGAACUUGCUGAA